CUUUGCCUUGAGAGUGAAGACCACAAAAAGAGAGGAAGAGAGAAAGCUCUGUUUCAUUGCCUGAUAAGAGAAAAGUUCUUCAAGAAGAGUUUUUCAUUUAGAUUUUUUUUUCUGUCGGAACUUGAGUUUGAGGAUGAGUGUCUCACUGUCUGCUGUGACUUUUGGGCUGUUGCUCUUUCUAUCUGUAGGGCUGAAUAAACAGGCUGCAGAGGGCUGUACCUGUAAACCAGAACACCCUCAAGAGCUGUUCUGCCGUUCUCAGAUAGUAAUUCAGGCUGAGAUAAUUGGACAACACAACAUAAAACAGAACCACAUUUUCCCAGACUGGGGAUUAAUUCAAUAUGAAUUCAAAACUAUCCAAGUGUUCAAGGGCUUGGAAAAAAUCAAUGGAAUAAAUUAUGUCUACACACCUAAACAAUCUGGAACAUGUGGUGUCAGUCUGCACAAUGGGCAAUAUUUGCUGUCAGGACACAUUGUAAAUAGAGGGCUUGUUGUAACAAUGUGUGACUUCAAUUACUUUUGGAACAUGCUACCCUUAACUCAAAAAGAUAACCUCAAUGGCAGAUAUCAGAUGGGCUGUAACUGCACGGUCUCUGUGUGUUAUAAAAAGGCCUGUUGCCUCAUGUCUCAAAGGGAGUGUCCCUGGACAGACUCGAAAGACUACGUCUUCGUUCAGGAUGGAGAACAGGCUCGUGAGUUCGCUUGCAUCAUGAACAACGAAAAAACCUGUAGCUGGUACAAGGGAAAUGUAAAAGUUGACACUAUGGAAAUGUGUAAGUCCUAUGGACCAAGAGCAUGAGUCGCUUUCCUAUUGUAAAAAGGUCGAAACGUUGUUGAUGAUUUCACAUGCUUUUUUCCCCACCCGAAAGGUCAGAAUGCUUUUAUGGUUCUAAUAUAGUUCUACGGUAUUAACUAAAUAACACAUUUUUAAGCAAAGUUAACAAUUUUGUUUCGCAGUGCAGUUGUUUUAGAGGGUCGAAAAAACCCAUUUCUAAAACGAAAUAAAUGUCAGAGCAUGUUAAUAAUGUUUUGUCGUCUCUUUCCAAUUUUUUUUUUUUUCACAUUUGUAUUUUGGUGACUAUGGUGUUAAA